AUGUCCGGUUACCCACACGGUUACGGUUACGGCCAGCCACCACCUUCUCAGCCCUACUCCUCCGCCCCAUACGGCGCUCCACCACCGUCUUACGGUGCACCACCACCAUCUUCCACCUCACCUUACGGUGCCCCACCACAACCUUACGGUGCUCCACCACCACAAUCAUCAUCACCUUACGGUGCACCACCACCACAACAACCUCAACAAACUCACUCCCCUUACGCUCCAGUUGCAUCUCCCUACAACGCAGGUACACCACAACCUUACGGUGAUCCACACAAACCUCCAAAAGAAAACAAACCUUACGGUAGUAGUACUAGCAGUGGUUACCCUAACACGGGCCCACCACCUUCAGCACCUUACGGCGAUCCAAACAAACCCCCUAAAGACAACCCACACGCGCCUUCUCCUUACGGUGGGUACCACGCGCCGCCACCACCUCAACCUUAUGGGGCGGCGAGUAGUAGCCCUUUUGCGUCGCUCGUUCCUUCAGCUUUUCCGCCUGGCACAGAUCCCAAUGUGAUCGCGUGUUUUCAACUCGCGGAUCAAGAUGGGAGUGGGUUAAUUGAUGAUAAGGAGCUGCAGAAAGCGCUUUCUUCGUAUAAUCAGAGUUUCAGUUUGAGGACUGUUCAUCUACUUAUGUAUCUCUUCACCAAUACCAACACUAGGAAAAUCGGUCCCAAAGAAUUCACUUCAGUCUUUUACAGUCUUCAGGAGUGGAGGGGAAUUUUUGAGAGAUUUGACAGGGAUAGGAGUGGAAAAAUUGAUUCAUCUGAGUUGAGGGACGCCUUACUUAGCCUGGGAUAUGCUGUAUCACCAUCUAUCCUGGAUUUGCUGGUCUCCAAGUUUGACAAAACUGGUGGAAAGAAUAAGGCCAUUGAAUAUGAUAACUUCAUCGAGUGCUGCCUCACUGUUAAAGGGCUAACCGAGAAGUUCAAGGAGAAGGAUACUUCAUAUUCCGGCUCGGCUACGUUCACUUAUGAGUCCUUCAUGCUAACCGUUUUGCCUUUUCUGAUCGCGUAGACGCAUGUGAAUUUUAUAAUUACGGGUGGUUUUACUAUGACUUUCCAGCUUUGACUUCAUUUGUUUUUAGGAGAUGUGCUUGCUUCUGUUGGUUUUGUAACACAAUGUUCAGUAGGGUGAAGUUUAAUCACUUUCUUGUAGAAGUCUGUGUGUUUUGCAGCAGUUAAUGGGAUAUAUCAAAAUAAAUCCUCCA